CCAGUUUAGAAAGUUUAUAAGGUAGAACUCAUUAAAUACAUUACAUAUUUUAAAUCUUUUUGUACAAAUUUUAUUCUAAGUAACCAAAGGGUUUGGCAAUUUACGGACAAUUUUUGACUAAGACUGUAACCAUGUAGAUUUACGUACAAUUUGUUUUCUAGCUUAUACUGUUACCAAGGAGGUGUUGAUUUAUGCACAGUUUUUAUUCUAAGAUUGUAAUCAAAGGGUUUGGCAAUUUAUGGACAAAUUCUACCUAAGACUGUUACCAAGGAGAUGAUUAUUUACGUUCAAAUUUUAUUUUAAGACUGUAACCAAGGAAAUGGCAAUUUACAAAGCAAGGAAUGGAAUAUGUAGGAGAAACUGUUAACCAUUUUUACAGCUUGAAGGAUAGAUUGGGACAAGGAGCAUUCUCUUGUGUAUUUCUCGGAUACAAUAAGGUGACUGGUGAAAAAAGAGCUUUGAAAGUACCGAAACGUACAGGAGCCGAUAAAGCAACUCAACGGGAAACAGACGCUCUGCUGUCUUUCCGACAUAAAAAUAUUGUUCAGCUGUUUGGCAUUGAAGAUGAGAUGGUUUCAAAUAAAACGGUAAUUGUUAUGGAAUUUUGUUCCGGCGGAAGUUUACAAACCAUGUUACAGGAACCAGAAUAUAUGAACGGAUUACCCGAUAUUCUCUUCACAUUAUUACUAACCCAUUUAGCUUCCGGAUUACAAGAAUUACAUUCCAAAGACUUUGUUCAUCGUGAUAUCAAACCAGCAAAUAUACUCAUUACUAAAACCGUGCCAAAUACAAUUACCUUUAAAAUAUCUGAUUUUGGAUCCUCAAGACAGAAUCAUUCCCAGUACGACGAAGAAAUGUGUCUUUCAUUGGCGGGUACAGAAGAAUAUCUGCACCCGUUACUUUAUAAAGGAGCCUUUAUACAGAAAUCUAGUCAUGUAAAGGUGAACUCAUGUGUUGAUAAAUGGGCAUUAGGGGUAACGUUGUUUCAUGCUGCUACGGGUAAUGUUCCUUUCAAGCCUUAUGGCGGCGCAAGGAGGAAUAGGCAAACUAUGUUUUUAAUAAUUAGUCAAAAACCAAGAGGAAAAAUAUGUGGUAUACAGGAAACGGAAAACGGAAAGAUUCAAUGGAGUUCUGAGUUUCCAACAUCAUGUAACAUAUCAAGUGGUCUUAAAUCAAGAUUGGUACCUUUGAUGUCCGGAUUGUUGGAAGCUAACAACGCACACCAGUGGUCCUACGAAACCUUUUUCCAGGAAGCAUAUAACUUAAAUAAUGCGAUGCCUAUCCAUAUUUUGAACAUAUGUGAUUGUCAAUACUUAACCGUUUAUUUGAAUAAAAGUGCAAGGUUAUCGAUGCUUUAUGAAAUGAUUGCUACCGAAACUGAUAUUGAUAGACGUUACCAAACAAUUUAUUUUGAGAAAACAAAUAUUGAACAUCUUAGUUUGGACACAACAAUAAAAGAUUUACCAGUGACAUCACGGGAAAAUCCCUUAUUAUUAAUUUCCACUAUUGAUGUUGAUAUUUUUAAUUCUUCACGAAUUCAAAAUGAUAUUUCAACGCUGGACAAUGCGAAUUUACGAAAUGAGAUGCUAAUAAAGGUUGGUCGGAAAGCAGCUUGUAUUAUAGCUUAUUUGUGCAAUACCGUAGAGGACAUUCAUCGAGCUAAACAAUGUGUUCAAACUUUUCGAUCGGAUUUAAGAAAUAGUAAUGAAAUAAAGUUAAAGGAUUUACAAAAAGAAUUUGAGUUAUUAAAAAUGAUUUCAAAUGAAAGACUUUCUCGAUCAAAACCGUGUAGUUCACAAAUGUAUUCAAUACAAACAGACAGUCCAUUAAGAGCAAGAGGAACACAGAACAGUUCAAUGCACCAAUCAACCAUGGAGAUCACACAAGUCACAGAAUACAUAACAGAGAGAAUACAUGAUGUGUCAAGUAUUCUGGAAAGAAAUUUGAAUUCGAAAGAUUUUACGUCUUUAUGUACUGAUGAAUGUAUUGGAACAUUAAAAAGCUAUUUAAAGACAUCAAAAGAUACAUUAUCAGAUAUUCUGAAGUAUUCUGUCGUGCGGGAGAAAACACCUCUAGAUUUAGUUCGUAAUAAAAACUUAAGAGACAGUAUUUUGAAUUUAGUAUACAAAGCCAGAAACCAUUGGGUAAACCAUUGUGAUUGUGAUAAUAAAAUAUUCGUUAACAAUAUCCAAGACAUUUUAAGAAAUGAGCUACAUUUGAAUGAAAAAUUUCGAGAAUUGUCGAGAAACAUGGAAGAGUUAAAAGACAUACUUGCUGAUGGAUCAGCGCCGUUAUAUCGAGAUACAUGCACCCCAAAGAUGUCUAUCAGUUGUUCAGAAGAUUUAGAAUCAAUAUUUAAAGAAAAGACACAAUUAGAAACAGACGGAUUAAUAAAUUCAAGCAAAGAAUCAUUACACAGAUUCAUGAAGGAGUCCGAUGAUUUUGAAAGCCUACUAGAAAGUAUGACGACACAUGAUUCGUAGUGGCAUUAAAUCUGCGAAUAAAGAAUUUGUCAAUCACCAAAUGUUCUCUUGUAAUUCAGCUAUAAAACUAGUAUAUACAGCGGUUGUUUCAUAACAUAUUAACACAUGUUUUUAUGAGUUCAAUAUCCGAAAGAAAUGUUGUCAAUUUACUAAUUAGCUGAAUUAAUAAGAUGGAUUCUACACAUAAAGAUAUAUAAAACGAUUUGAGAACCACCACUACUCAUUAAAAUCAUACAACGUUUACGUGAAUCUCAUAAACUUUAUUGGCUUUUGAAUUGACACAUGUGUUCAGAAUCAUUUUCUGGAAGAACAUUUGUUACAAUACAACAUAUCUUAUAGUUUUCCACUUCACACGCAAUUUCAAUGCAGAAAGACACACAUUAUUAUUUAAAUUAUUAUAUUUAUUGGUUAUACAAUUUGUGUUCAUUGUAAAUUCACUGUAAAUAUUUGAAAUAUUUAUUUGAUAUUCUCGUCAUGUAUUUAAAACAUUCAUUUUCAAUUUGACGUCAUUAGCAUUGGAUCAGACAUUUUAUUGUAUAUUUAAUGGACGGUGAUUUCGUACAGGUUGUCAUUGCAUUAUGCUGCUGCCAUUGUGUUUGAACUGUGAUAAUUUAAAAUACAACUUCAGAAUUAAAAAAUAUUAGGAUAACAAUUAUUGUUGUUCAUUUAUAA